AUGGCUACCGGACGUCCGGAUCUCUGCGUGACGACGAAAGUCGAAGUAGACGAAGACGCCUUCAACAAAAUCACGAAGAUCUGGAUCCCAACUACGCACGACGGGACACAACUCUGGUCUCACCCCGCGAACAUUGAUAACUACAUUCUUGGCCUUGGUAAAGACCCAAAGCAAUCCCUGCGCCUGUCGAUUUCCUCUGGAUCUGGAGGCGCUAACGAGCAGCUGCUUAUCCCGCCCGAGGUAGCCAACAGCAACGCAAUCGUCUUCUGGGUUGACUGCAAAACGAAGCACGACCAUGUUUCUGAUGACAAAGUGGACUAUACCAAAUGGAAAAAGAAUGUGUAUGGCGAACGGAGAGAAGACAAGUCACAGGACUGGAAAGAUACGCAAGCAGUGAGGAACGGGUAA